AUGAAACCAUCAACUUUAAUAUCAGCCUACGGGUUACUUAGCCCUGCUACUGCCAUAAUAGUCGCAGACAAUUCACCUUGUGGAACUUUGUGUGGCAACGUUCUCGAUGCCACUACCUCUGACGACAUCGUCUGUCAUGAAGACGACUACAAAAGUGGUGCAGGAAUUGUAUAUCAACAAUGUGUCGCAUGUCAGCUAAGCAGCGACUAUUACACGAAGGAUAACGAGACCGACCAGCAAUGGCUACUCUAUAAUGUUCGCUAUGCAGCGUCAUAUUGCUUAUUUGGUGUGCCUGAUAAUGACAAGGUUAUCAAUACUCCAUGCUUAACCUCAAAAGCUUGUGGACCAUUCCGACAGGCCGUUGAAUACAAAAACCUGUCUACACAAGUCGAGAGUUAUGAGUAUUGCGAUAAAUGGCCGGUGCACGACACACUCGACUUCGAAGGAUGCACAGAGUGUCUGCGCGCUGGCGACAACCAUUAUUUGGCCAAUUUCUUUACCCUUCUUCAAGCCGGAUGUGAACAAAAGCCAGAACCUGGCAUGGAAAUCUCCAUCGAUGGGAGCGUCUUCUCUCAAGACAUCGUGAACAUCACAGAACCUUCACCUGUUGCUUCCUUAGACCCAGACUGGCUCGAUCAGGGACCCAUCAGCCUAGGUGCUAAAGUAGGCAUCGCUGCUGGAGGCGUAGCUCUGAUCUUGUUCAUCCUUGGUUUCUGUAUCAUCUGGCGAGGCAAGAGAAGAAGGAGAGCAUUCCUACGACAAAUCGAAAAUCGACCCAAACCGCAACCCCGACCUCGUACCAAGAGCGGAUGGCCAGCCCAAUUGCAGAUUGACAACGACAUGCGCGAGACACCAUUGAGCCAAAAGCCAUUGAGAAGCUGGGAUGAAUCGCCAAUUAGUGCUCGAUCUGAGAAGACAUUCCCAAGAUAUGUAUCUCCAUAUGGUUCUCAGUUCAAUAGUCCCGUCAGCGCUACCGAACUGCAGCUCGCACAAUGGCCUGUUCUGAACCCCAACCAACCGACAUACCCUCCAAUGCCUGCCAGUACGGCAUCGAACACUCCCUUCGAAAUGUUUCCUAACAUGUAUAAAACUGACCCGAGCCCAUCGAAUUCUCAGAUUGGAGUAGCCCUCGGCGGACAUGACUCGUCACUCAACACUCCUCAAUCAAAGGGCAAAGAUCGCGACGAGUCAUACGAGAUGUAUCCCGUCGAUGGCCGAGCGCAUACUGGCAUCGGGAUUUACCAGCCUGAACAAUAUGCGCAGCACGAAUAUUUUACUCAAGAAACCCCGUACCAUGGCCAAACUUACCAAGGUCAGGGGCAUGAGUAUGAAGACACAUAUGGUGAUGAGUCAAGGGGCAGGAGACAAUAA